CGCCGCCGCCGCCGCGGGCAUGGCCAAGCCGGCGGACCACGUGAAGCGGCCCAUGAACGCUUUCAUGGUGUGGUCGCGGGCGCAGCGGCGCAAGAUGGCCCAGGAGAACCCCAAGAUGCACAAUUCGGAGAUCUCCAAGCGGCUGGGCGCCGAGUGGAAGCUGCUGAGCGAGGCCGAGAAGCGCCCCUUCAUCGACGAGGCCAAGCGCCUGCGGGCCAUGCACAUGAAGGAGCAUCCGGACUACAAGUACCGGCCGCGGCGGAAGCCCAAGACGCUCCUCAAGAAGGACAAGUUCGCCUUCCCGGUGGUGUCCUACGGCUUGCCCGACGCCUCCGACCCCCACGUCCACCCCCUCGGACCGCAUCACCCGGCGCUCAAAGCUGGCGCCCUCCACGGCCACGAAGCCCUGCUGGCCAACCCGGAGAAAGCCGCCGCCGCCGCCGCGGCAGCAGCCCGCGUCUUCUUCCCUCCCUCCGCCGCCGCCGCCGCAGCGGCCGCGGCAGCAGCGGCGGCGGGGGGCAGCCCUUACUCGCUGCUCGACCUGGGCUCAAAAAUGGCAGCGGAGAUCUCCUCCUCGGCGGGAUCCGGUGGCGGCUCGGCGGCCGGACUGCCCUACGCCGCCUCUUCGCUGGCUUACCCGACGGCUGGAGGCGCUUUCCACGCCGCCGCGGCUGCAGCUGCCGCCGCCGCGGCCAGUGGGGGCCACAGUCACUCUCACCCGUCCCCCGGCAACCCCGGCUACAUGAUCCCUUGCAACUGCAGCGCCUGGCCCAGCCCGGGACUCCAGCCGCCCCUGGCCUACAUCCUGCUGCCCGGCAUGGGUAAACCUCAGCUGGACCCUUACCCGGCGGCGGCCUACGCCGCGGCCCUAUGACAAUCAGCGCCCUGAGGAGGAGCCCGGUGCCGAGAAGAGCCGGGCGGUCUCGCGGGGCCCGGACUGCAGCCCCAAGUAGAGCGCCGGCCGUCAUCCCCGCUCCCGCUCCGCCUGGCUCCCCACGAGAAGCCCGCAGCCUGGCGCUUGGCUCGCCCUCUCUGCAGCUCCGGAGCCGAGAACCCAAGCCGGCAAACCGCCGGGGACCUCUCCCGGCUUGCUCCCCGGCAUGGCUGGUGGGGUCGAGACGUCGCUGCUUCCUCGAAGUUUUCUUUCCCGGGAAGAUCCCGCCUGCCACUGCAGGACCCGGUUCCGACGACCUUGGGAGUUGCUUUGCUUUCCCUUC